AUGAAGAGACCCUUAACCACUUCUCCUUCUUCCUCCUCUGUCUCCUCUUCUACUUCUUCCUCUUGUGUCCUUCCGAAUCAAUCAGAGACUCCGAGGCCUAAACGAGCCAAAAGGGCUAAGAAAUCUUCUCUUAUUUCUGAUGUUAAACCACAGAAUCCCACCAGUCCUGCCUCCACCAGACGCAGCUCUAUCUACAGAGGAGUCACCAGACAUAGAUGGACAGGGAGAUACGAGGCUCAUCUAUGGGACAAAAGCUCGUGGAAUUCGAUUCAGAACAAGAAAGGCAAACAAGGAGCAUACGACAGCGAGGAAGCAGCAGCACAUACGUACGAUCUAGCUGCUCUCAAGUACUGGGGUCCCGACACCAUCUUGAACUUUCCGGUUGAGACGUAUACAAAGGAGUUGGAGGAGAUGCAGAAAGGUACAAAGGAAGAGUAUUUGGCUUCUCUCCGCCGUCAGAGCAGUGGUUUCUCUAGAGGCGUCUCUAAAUAUCGCGGCGUCGCCAGGCAUCACCAUAACGGAAGAUGGGAAGCUAGGAUUGGAAGGGUGUUUGGAAACAAGUACUUGUACCUCGGCACCUAUAAUACGCAGGAGGAAGCUGCAGCUGCAUAUGACAUGGCGGCUAUAGAGUACAGAGGUGCAAACGCAGUGACCAACUUCGACAUUAGUAACUACAUUGACCGGUUAAAGAAAAAAGGUGUCUUCCCUUUCCCUGUGAAGAACCAAACCAUUCAUCAAGAAGCUGUUCUUGCUGAAGCCAAACAAGAAGUGGAAGCUAAAGAAGAGCCAACAGAAGAAGUGAAGCAAUGUGUUGAAAAAGAAGAACCGCAAGAAGCAAAAGAAGAGAAGAUUGAGAAACAAGAAGUGGUGGAGGAGGAGGCUGUGGUCACUUGCUGCAUUGAUUCUUCAACCAUUAUGGAGAUGGAACGUUCUUCAGACAGCAAUGAGCUAGGGUGGGACUUCUGUAUGAUGGAUUCAGGGUUUGCUCCGUUUCUGACAGAUUCGAAUCUCUCUAAUGAGAAUCCCAUUGAGUAUCCUGAGCUUUUCAAUGAGAUGGGGUUUGAGGAUAACAUUGACUUCAUGUUUGAGGAAGGGAAGAGCUUGGAGAAUCUUGAUUGUUGCGAUGGUGUUGUGGUGGUGGGAAGAGAGAGCCCAACUUCAUUGUCGUCUUCACCGUUGUCUUGCUUGUCUACUGACUCUGCUUCUUCAUUAACAGCAACAACAACAACAACAAUAACCUCUGUUUCUUGUAACUAUUCUGUCUGA